CCUUGCAUAAUUUUGAAUCUUCAGUCAUGCGUUGGAAUAUUCUGUGAAGAGGAAGCUUGAUAUCUUUUUUACGUCGUACGCAUAUCUCAAUUACGAACAACGAAAGCUCUUACGUUUUAGCUUUAUUGGAAGGCGAGAUAAAAUCAACCAUGCAGUUUCAAUGGAAAUCAUUACCGACAUUUGUGCUACUGCUUUGGACAAGCACAAAAUUCUGCUGGAUGCAAAGGACUGAUGUAACAUACCAGGAUAUCAGAAGUGUGGAUGCAACAUGCAAUGGUUUGGAUUCUUGUAGAGUUCCCAGAUCGAAUGAAGCCUGGAAAUACAACUGCAACUGUGAAAAGACUUGCAGUCUUUAUGGCACGUGCUGCGUAGAUUCAAAAUACAGACGAAAAUUCAAACGAAAAAAUCAGAAAAACCUUGAAUGCAGAGUGAUAAACCAUAAUCGCAAAUUUCUGUACCCCUGGAUUAGGAGUUGCAAUCCUGAUUUGCGGCAUUCCAAAACCAUGGAAGAACUUUGCACCAACAAAUUUUUAAUAGAAACUAAUGCCGAUCCUUUCUUGGCUAUACCUGUCACUGAUCCUCUGACAGGUAUCACUUAUCAGAACUACUACUGCUUCGCUUGCAAUGAAAACUCAGGCGAAGAGCGACUUAUACCAUGGGACGUUGCCGUAGGAGGUGAUUUAGAAAAAGUUAACAAAUCAGAUUCAAUACCGAUCCUGCGUAAUUACGAGAAAGAUUUCUGGUCAUGGGUCUUGGAUAAUGACAAUAACACCCAUCUCAGUUUGUGGCCUUCAAUACCGGAAGGAUUAGAAGACACUUUGCCGUAUUGUUACGGUUUUGAAAUAGUUUCAGAAUGUGCGUCGAGUUAUACAAAUGCAAAUGUAAGAAAGAAGUGCGGGGCGUACAUGGCUCUGACUAGAAUUCGAAUAGAUAACAGUUACUCGUAUUACCGAAAUCCACAUUGCGCCAUUUGCAACUAUGAGAAUAUGGAUGACAUGGUUUGCGUGUUGGACGGUGAAGAUCCUGUUAGUGCACCAGGCGGAUUAAUACCCUCUGGGGACUUCUUUGUUAGGCUUUUCAGUUUUGAAACAGAUAAAUGCACAGACAAAAUGGUUUAUGAUUCAUUCGCGAAGAAAUGCCGAAACAUAUACAGAGCAAGAAGACAGUGAUUGAAGAAAACAAUUCACGUUCUAUGAUAAGAAAAUAAUUCUUGCAAGAAGACAGUGAUUGUAGAAAACAAUUCACGUUCUAUGAUAAGAAAAUAAUUCUUGCCAGAAGACAGUGAUUGUAGAAAACAAUUCACUUUCUAUGAUAAGAAAAUAAUUCUUUUGAGACCCAUUGUAUUUAGGUGAGAGGGAAAUUUAGAAGUUUAGUAGUUAUUUGUAUCUUAAAAUAAAAAUAUUUAUCAUUAUAAUUUUUAAAA